AUGUCAGAAAAUGGUUACGGAUUAGCCCCGGACGGGCGACCGAAAGGAAACAAAGUCUGGGUGGAUGGAUGUUUCGACAUGGUCCAUUUCGGGCACGCAAACCAAAUUCGACAAUCCAAGCAAUAUGGACGAUACUUAAUCGUUGGAGUGCACACCGAUAAAGAGAUCAGCUUGAACAAAGGUCCACCAGUUUUCACCGAAACCGAACGAUACGCUAUGGUUCGUGCGAUUCGUUGGGUUGAUGAGGUUGUUGAGGGAGCACCCUACACAACCACUGUUGAAACCCUUGACAAGCACGAUUGUGACUUUUGUCUGCAUGGAAAUGAUAUCACUCUUGAUGCUGAAGGACAUGAUACUUAUGCUGAAGUGAAGAAUGAAGGACGAUAUCGAGAGACUCUGCGGACACAGGGAGUCUCCACUUCGGAUCUCGUCGGUCGAAUGCUAUUGCUGACCAAGACACAUCACGAGCGUGACGAUCAUCUCUCGGAUGAGCACUCCGAAAGAGCUCGCACACUCAGCACGAGCGAGGACACGGCUUCUCCUUACACCCGAGUUUCCCGUUUUGUGGCCACCUCGAGAACGAUCCUCGAGUUCGCCUCCGGGCGAACUCCGAAACCCAGUGAUCGGAUAGUUUAUGUGUGCGGUGCUUUCGACCUUUUCCACUAUGGGCAUUUGAGAUUUUUGGAAGAGGCAAGGAAGCUCGGAGAUUAUCUUAUUUGUGGGAUUCUAGGAGACUCGACAGUCAACUCGUACAAGGGUGGCAAUCAUCCGAUCAUGUCUCUUCACGAGAGAGUUCUCACCGUGCUUGCUUAUCGGCCUGUCGAUGAGGUGGUGAUCGGUGCUCCCUAUAUGGUUUCCGAUGAAAUGAUCGAUCGUUUCAAUAUUUCGUUGGUUGUUGUUGGUUGUGAGGUUCCGCAUCACGAGCACGAUUGUCCGGAUGCUUUUGAGGCGGCAAAGAGGAGGGGAAUCUAUCGAGAGGUUGAAUCCGGUUCCAAUCUCACCACCGAGGGGAUCAUCGAGCGAAUCAUCAAGAAUCGAAUGGAGUACGAGGUGCGCAAUCGGAAAAAAGCAAAGAAAGAGGCGGCUGCUUUGGAGGCUCUUGAGAGACUGCAGGGUGAUACGACGAAAGCGAUCAAGAUCACUGCCGAAGCGGCUGAGAGAGCCGAGCCAACACGGAAAUGGGUG